AUGAUCGAAAAGUGGAAGAAGAACGAGGAAAAUCCUAAGUUCAAGGUUCGCCAGCACAACCGUUGCAAGAUCUGCGGUCGUCCUCAUGGUUACAUCCGCUUGAUACAGCUUCGUCUUAUCAAGGAAACGAUACGAGUAAUUAUGGAGAAGCCAGCGGAUAAGGAUGGUGUAUCUUCAUUCCAGGCAUUGAUGGUGUCUACAGCAUCUCGUGUAGGUACUGGCAAUAUCGUAGGUGUUGCAUCUGCUAUCUGCCUUGGUGGCUUCGGUGCUAUCUUCUGGAUGUGGUCAACCUUCUCACCAUAUUCUUUCUACAAUCCAGAUGUAACUCCAUCUGUUAUCGGUGCUGUUUUGGCAGUGCUGGUAGGCUGGUGUCUGUUCGGUGGUGGCAAGCGAGUAGUUAAAACUGCAUCUAUCCUUGUACCUUUCAUGGGUUUGCUGUAUGUAGUAGUAUCUGCUAUUGUUGUGAUUCUUCACGUGGAUAUGCUGCCACAGGUAUUUGCUCAGAUAUUCAAUGAAGCCUUUGAUUUGGAGGCUAUCUUCGGUGGUUUCACUGGCUCCUGUGUAAUGUUCGGUAUCAAGCGUGGUCUGUACAGUAACGAGGCCGGUGUAGGUUCUGCUCCAAAUGCAGCAGCAGCGGCAGAUGUAACCCACCCAGUAAAGCAGGGGUUAGUGCAGAUGUUCUCAGUAUUUAUUGAUACCAUGCUUCUGUGUACUGCGACAGCAUUUGUAUGUAUGACCUCUGGUAUCACAACCAAUCCAGAUAUGGCAGGUGCACCUUAUGUUCAGGCAGCAUUGGCAGAAACUCUCGGUGAUGCAGCAUUGUACUAUCUCACCAUUGCCAUGAUACUGUUUGCGUUCACUACUCUGCUGGGUAACUUAUUCUAUGUAGAUAACUGUCUGGCAUAUAUACUGGGACAUGAGCCAAGCAAGGCGUUUAUGACUGUAUAUCGCAUUAUCGCAUGUAUAGUUAUCUUUGUAGGUGCUGGUGCAAAAAUGGGGUUGCUGUGGGAUAUCGCAGACGUUACCAUGGGCUUCAUGGCAAUUAUAAACAUUCCCUACUAUCAUUAUAUUGGGUGGUACUGCUAUCAAGGCACUUGA